AAUUUCUUUUGCUUUGCCAGAAGUGGAGAGAAGAAGGGAGAGUCCUUGAAUCAACAACACCCGAUUCCUCUUAAUCUCCUUCUUCCUAGAAAGAGAAAAAAAUGAGUCUCUUCGGUCUUGGAAGCAGAAAUCAGAAGACUUUUCGACCCAAGAAAAACGCUGCAUCUGGAGAUAAGAAAAGAAGAAUGUGCCUCAACCUCCUUUUAAUCAGACAGUGAUAUGGAGAAUGUGCUUUUGAAAAGGUUCUUGUCGAUGCUAUCGACAUAAAUUAUAAGAUUGAAGCAGAGUGGUCGCAUGCUCCUCGAGCCUUCAUGAGUUAGAAGUUGCAAUGGUCAGCUGGGGUGUGAAUGUGCCGAGCUUUGUCAAACUCGGCUCGAGCUGGCGAACCUUAUAUCAGUUUGGGACAAUUAGGAACCCUUGUGGUCCUUGUCCUUCCCUUACAUUUGGUCAUAGCUAAGUGCUUACUCUUUCCUACAUUUAGCAUUAAGGAUAUCCCAGUACAGAGGCACACUGAGCAGCAACCUAUUAGUCACAUAUGAGCUGAUAGAGCUGGGGGGAGAGGAACUCUAGCAUACACACUACAUGUAUGCGUUUAUUCAGAAAAAGGCACUCUGUUUGUGGCUCACACUUAACCUGGUAUGCAACUGAAAAGGCAUAUUGAUGCAACCUUGGGUAGUGGGAACUUAAGAGAGGCUGUUCGCUUGCCUCCUGGAGUGGAUCGCAAUGAAUGGCUUGCGGUCAAUACUGUUGACUUCUUCAAUCAAGUGAAUAUACUGUAUGGCACUCUGAUGGAAUUUUGCACACCAACCACCUGCCCAACAAUGUCAGCGGGACCUAAGUUUGAAUAUAGAUGGGCUGAUGGAGUUCAAAUAAAAAAACCUAUAGAGGUUUCUGCACCAAAAUAUGUAGAAUAUCUGAUGGACUGGAUCGAAGCUCAGCUUGAUGAUGAAUCUAUAUUUCCUCAAAAACUUGGGGCACCUUUUCCUCCCAAUUUCCAAGAUGUUGUUAAAACGAUAUUUAAACGUCUUUUUAGGGUGUAUGCUCAUAUAUAUCACUCUCAUUUUCAGAAGAUUGUGAGUCUCAAGGAAGAAGCUCAUCUCAAUACUUGCUUCAAGCAUUUCACUUUAUUCACAUGGGAGUUCCGCCUGAUUGACAAGGGGGAGCUUGCGCCACUCAAUGAUCUCAUCGAGUCGAUUGUCCUUGCAUAUUAAGGAAGCAUGAUUGCAGAUGAUGGAUGAAGAAUUACUGAAUAGGAAUUUUUGAUCUAGCACGGGGUUUCUACUUCUUUUUUCUUUUUGCUUUUUAUUGUUAUUUUUAUUUUUUUUAAUAUAAAACUAUUCUCUUGAUCAUGAUUAUGAUUCUGGAUUGAUUGUGACGAGACUCAAUUAAUUGACUUUUAGUUGGUCUGUUUGUGCG